AUGGAAAGGAACGUCUUUUUCACCGGCGAUGCUCUCGUGCAGCAAGCGACCCGGGUUGUAUCCGAUGUAGUAGACGGGAAAGAGGAGCCGGACACCGGGGCUCAGCGCAUCGACGACAUUAUCCGUCCAUACUUCUUGACUCCCGAGCAGGAGCGGAAGACGCCUGAACCUCUAGAGCCGUUCUGGGUGGAGGUAACUUCGACUGCCGGUGCCAUGCGCUACGAUAGUAAAGGGCAGGAUCGAUUGAUUCAGCUCAUGUGCAAUUUGAGUCGGCUUCCACCGCUCGUGGCCACUUGGUACGGGGCAUAUCUAUGGACAAGUUUCCCUGAGUUGGGGGUGGUAAUGCGAGAGAACUUCCCGAGCGCGCUUCCUGAGAUUGAUCCCGAUCCGACGGCCAAGUGCUGCGGACGCCUCCAUGUUCCGCAGGAUGACCGGUGUCCCAAGGACCUUGCCUCGGAGCCGAAAGAUGAUAAAUGGAUCGCGUACGACCUCAACCAGAAUUCCUUUAUGGCUAGGGUUCUCGGAAAUCAGCUGCGGCCGUGGAAACAGUUCGGCAUCUGGCAACUGCGGUCGGCGCUCGAGUAUCCCCAUGUGAACCCCCGUCUCGUCGAUCACCAUCUUGCUAACGUGCGCGAAUGGAUUUUUCAUGCGGGCUACGAGCUGUAUCGCCAGCGAUACGAAGGCUUUCUAGAUUCGGAUGAGGACUGUCGCACAAUGCCGGGGCCUCUCUACCGUGGUAGGGCCGAUAUCCCCCGCGAGCGGUGGAUCUUCUGGAAAGAACGCAUACCGGAGCUAGCGAAAUUCGCCUCCGACGACUUCCAGGAGACAGCGGCGGCCGUGGUAGAUCGGAUGAAUAAGAUUGAGGAGGAUCUGCAGGAUAUCCCAUUGUCGGAAAAGACGAGCCUGUGUUAUUGA